AUGUCGGGCACUGACAACGUCGGUCUCAUCUAUGAUAUGAUUAUAAAUCAUUUUGGAACAGUAGCGGGUAAGACCUCUUGUGAAUACGAUAAUGCGAAUUCUGCAAACUCACUAAUCCUAUUUCGGGUGCUUCUGAACCUUCCACGAGAUGGCGACCGGGUCGAAGUUAUAACAUCAUCGUCACAUGACUUUUCCACAACGCGACGACUCUAUUGUGACAAUAAACCCAACAAAACUACUUAUGACGUUGUGGCAGAUAAAGUUUUACGUACGCCCAGCCAGAAGUCUGACGAGGUGGAUACCCAGAAGAGUGAGGUCUCGUCUUCCAUAAAGAAGGGUACCACUCAGUCAUGUUCCAAAACUUCGCCUCUUGCUUGCACAACACCAGCACCUCCAGGAAUCAGAACAUAUGUGAAGGGAACUGCAGCUAGCCCGUCGAGAUUUGAAGACGUAAUCAAGUCAACUCCACCAAAUAAGGCUCAGAUUGUCCCUGGUUCGGUGCAAAUCUCACCUCUUCGACAAAUGGAAGGUGUGGCUAUUGAUCUUGUGGUAGCCAUCAAAAUGAAAUCAGGCGGAUCGCGAACAGUCAACAUGCAAAUUGAAUGUCCACACUUCAUACCAAAACGGAUAAUGAUCGAUGGAAAGUGGCAUAACAUCAUCUAG